CAAUCAUCACAUUCCCAAAGCUCCUCCUUUUUAAAUUGUAAACUUUCCACUUUCUCUCUCCUCCCUCUCCUCCUCCUCCUCCUAUCAGCACUGACGUCAGUGAUAAUUCAUCCAUCACCACAUAAAAUCCUCCUCCACCACAAAACACCCACCAUGAAGACCACACCCCUCCUCCUCGCCGCCUCAGCGGCCUCUCUGGCCUCAGCCCAGACCUACAACACCUCCGCCCCCUUCACCCUCGAGCUCUCCAGCAGCAACACCACCAUCGACGGCCAAUUCCUAGGUGCCUGCCACUCCGGCGCCGCCAUCGAGGCGCUCUGCCUCGACGGUACCAACGGCACCGCCACCGACUAUAACACCUUCACCCUCAACGUCUCAACCUCCAGCACGGGUAAUGCCUACGAGACGGGCAUCCUCGUCUGGGUUCUCGAGACGGGCGACUUCAACGUCUCUUCGGGCCUGGUGUUCACCCCGCCCCUGACCAGCAACGUUGUCGCGCCCGAGUUCGAGCCCGGCUCGGAGGGGAUUGAUCUCGUGGGCUUUGAUGAUGAUGACAACUUGUUUAUUUACUCGUCGUAUGUGGAUGACAAGACCUUUACGGAUGGGACGUUUCCUACUGAGAUCACGCCGUAUCCUCUGUACCAGUGGUAUGCCUGCUGGACCUUUGACUUGGCCUAUUACUACCAGACUCUCGCCUGGGUGACGGGAGGAGUACCUAACAACCCUACAUGCGUGGCCGUUAACGUCACCCGUAACUUCAUCUGAAGCAGGGAGUAUGAUAGCAAGCUGCGUGUAUGGGAGCAACGUGGGACGAGGCAUGCCAACAUCAAUGAAAUAGUAAAAGAGCCUAAUAAUUAAUGUCAUUUACGUUCUUUCGACC